CGAGACCGACAUUAGAUUUCUACCAACGGGGCUGUACAUCCAAAUUCGACUGCUUUGAGUUUUUGAUGUCGGGUCUCGCUGCCCUGGACGCCAAGUGCUCAAGUCGCUUGGGCAUCAUGACCAUUUCCUACUACUUGUGGACCACCUUUGUUGCCGUGGUGGUGGGCAUCCUCAUGGUGUACAUCAUACAUCCAGGCGGCGCCGCCCAGAAGGAGGACUCCGAGGACAGCAAGAAGCCCAUGACGAGUUCUGCCGAUGCGCUGCUGGACCUCAUCCGCAACAUGUUUCCAGCCAACUUGGUUCAAGCUACAUUUCAACAGUAUCGGACACACAGAGUGUCCGAGCUGAUCCCCAAGCCGACGGUGGCCCAGCUCCUGGACCAGACCACCACGCGGCGGGUCUACAUCUACGGCGUCCAGGACGACAACGGCACCGACAUCCAGAACUUCUCCUUGGACCUGACGCCGCCUCCUGACGUCAUCGUGAAGACGUCGCCCGGGACCAGCGAGGGCAUGAACGUGCUGGGGAUCGUUAUCUUUUCUGCAACUAUGGGAAUAAUGCUGGGAAGGAUGGGACCCAAUGGAAGCGCGUUGGUCAACUUUUGCCAGAGUCUGAAUGAAGCGGUUCUGAAGAUUGUUGCCAUUGUCAUUUGGUAUUUUCCCUUUGGCAUCGUCUUCCUCGUUGCCGGGAAGAUCUUGGAAAUGGAUGACCCUUCAGCCAUGGGAAAGAAACUGGGCUUUUACGCCAUCACUGUGGUCAUGGGCUUGGUGCUCCAUGGCCUUUUCAUCCUCCCUGCCAUGUACUUCUUCAUCACCAAGAAGAGUCCCAUAGUGUACAUUAGAGGGAUUUUGCAGGCUCUGCUCAUCUCUCUCGCCACCUCCUCCAGCUCUGCCACUCUGCCUAUCACCUUCAAGUGCCUCCUAGAGAACAACCACAUCGACCGGCGCAUCAUCCGCUUCGUGCUGCCCGUCGGGGCCACCAUCAACAUGGACGGCACUGCUCUCUACGAGGCCGUGGCAGCCAUCUUCAUCGCCCAAGUGAAUAAUUAUGAGCUCGACUUUGGCCAGAUCAUCACCAUCAGCAUCACCGCCACGGCCGCCAGCAUCGGCGCAGCCGGAAUCCCGCAGGCCGGACUCGUCACCAUGGUGAUCGUGUUGACCUCUGUGGGUCUACCCACCGAUGACAUCACUCUCAUCAUUGCUGUUGAUUGGGCCUUGGAUCGAUUCAGGACCAUGGUCAACGUCAUGGGCGACGCUCUGGCUACCGGCAUCAUGGCUCACAUCUGCAGAAAGGAUUUCGUCAAGGAGGGGGAGCAGGUGCCCCUGAUCUGUGAAACCAAACCCAUGAUAAGCAUCCAGCAGAUGAUGACGUACCAGAACCAAAAGAACGGCUGCUACCAGCCGCCGCCGCCGGGCAGCCGGCAGGACCACGUGUCCCCGGACGUGGCCCGCCUGAUCCAGCUGGAGGAGGGCGUCCGGCCGGCGGAGAAGAAGAAGCACGGCCACGGCCCGCACCACAAGCGAGAGCACAGGGACAAGGACCACUGUUCUGUGGACAUGAACGGCCUGGAGACCAACGUCUGAGAGAACCGGGCCGCUUGGGAGCCCCGGUUCCGACAGGCAGAAGCAGAGGGGACUGGAACCGAGA